AUACUGUGUCCACAAGGCCAGUAUUCUCCGGUGAAAUGGCAGCCAGAUUCCAUUCCAGUUGUUUAGUACUUUUGAUUUUUAUCUCAGUCCUUGCACUUUCCCAGGCUGGACGUCACCAGGCUGGACGCUACCAGGCUGGGCGUUCCCGAUACUCAGUGUGUCCAAAAUGGGAAACAAAAGGGACAGUUUUGCUACCUCACCGGGACUGUAGAAAGUUUUAUAUUUGCGACCGUGGACAGAGGGUGCAAAUGGAGUGCAAACGUGGACUCCAUUUCAAUCCUCGAUACCAGGUAUGUGACUAUCCCAGUCAGGCAGGAUGUGUUCAGAAAUACAGAAAAUACGCAAGGCGGCUAAUUUGUAAAUAAAUUCAAGAAUUUCAUUUCAAAUAUGGACUCAUCUCCCGAUAAUAUUUGAUGUAAUCUUUCAAAUAAAUUAAUAAUCCAUUAUCAA